AUGAUCCUCCAUAGUGAUCAUGAAAUCAGCUACCUGUGGACCGAUGAUGAAGACGAAGAAUCGUCUUCCGCGGAGUCUACAGAGGAGCAACGAUGGAGCUUGACAGAGGGAAUGCCUCCUUCGCAGCCAAUGAGGAGAAACUCCCCUUUGACUUCUGGAUACAAUGCCCCUCCCAAAGCACCAGAGCGACGGACGUCGAAUGAUGAAGGCAAAGGUGACAACUGCCAUUCUGACGACUCUACGUCGCAGAGGUCCACAAAUAGUGCAGAGCCUUCCGAUAACGUUGCCAUCAAAGACUCGUUAGAUGGUGAUUUGGCCAAAAUAGGAAUGCGCGAUAUUUCCAAGCUAGCAAAUCUAAAGUUACAUGAACACAAGGACGAGAAGGACGACAACAAAGCAGAAGAUUCAGGAGAAUCCCUGCUCGUCAUGAAGGGCGAGGACUAUGAUACUUAUUGUAAUAGCGAACGGUCCACGAGAAGCAUUGCGUCUGACCUUGCUAACACGGACCACUGGAGUCCACUCCUCGACGAAGACAAUGACUACUCGCCACCUACCUUGCCGAUGCGCCGAGGAUCGGGAGGUGAUCUUAUUUCAGGUGAUUUGAAGAAUGGGCAAACACUAUCUACAAUGCCCGAAGACGAGGAUGAUGACAUGAGUCAAUGGUCCGACUAUGAUAACGAACUACUACCACCACCACCUUUUGACAGCUAG